CUACUGCAGGACACUACAUUUUAGACACUAGUUCCUGUUUUUGCUCUAUUUUGGCAACAAAAUAAUAGCAAGAUGAGCAUAGCUGAGAAAAUCUGCAUUUUUAUCUUUCUCUUACAAGGUGUUUGCUGUAGUGAUUUCAGUGUCAGUCUGUCAGAGAAGAUUCAAGCUCUCAGUGGAUCCUGUGUGGUCAUUAAUUGCACUUUUGAAAUUCAGGACGAUCAAGACAAAUACCUCACUGAGAGUGCAGCUACAGGAGUGUGGCUCAAAGAUGGAACAGAUGCGGAGAACAAUAAAGUGUUUAAUUCCAGAGAUUCUAAACCUAAAUUCACUGGGAAAAUAACUGGAAAACUACACAAGAAGAACUGCACCACUAUCUUUUACAAUGUUGGUUCAAAUCACAAUGGUAAAUAUUACUUCAGGAUCAUGAGUGGUGAUCUGGUAUACACCUACACAACAAACAUGUCCACUAUAAAUGUCAUUGAGUCUCCCCACAAACCCACAGUGCAGCUGUAUGUGGAGCAGAAGGAGGUGCAGGAUCAGGAGGAGGUGUUGGAGGUGUUGGAGGGGAGCUCUGUGAGUCUGCGCUGCUCUGCUGAGACUCUCUGCUCCUCUCCUCCACCAACUCUCACAUGGAGCUCCACUCCCAGAAUCCCCCUCAGUGAGAGCAGCAGACUACAGGAGCUCAUCUCUGAUCUGAACUUCACUGCUACUCACCGUCAACACAGAGUCACUUUCACCUGCACUAUAACCUACCAGCUACAGGACGAGAACAAAACAGCACAGAACAACAUCACAUUACAUGUUCAGUAUGCCCCUAAAAUCUCUUUUUCCUCCAGCUGUAUCAUUAGGAAUGUAUCCGUGUAUUUCUGUGAGGCUGAUGGGAAUCCCUUUCCCGAACUGAGGUGGCAUCUGUCUGGACGUCCUGUCACUAACUCUUCAAACACGUUGAUCAGUGAAGAGCGAUUGAGCAGCACAGGCUUGAGGAGCUCCAUCACUCUACAUCAGUCUCUCACACACACAUCCACUCUCCAGUGUGUCAGCAACAACACUCACGGCACUGCAAGUCAACUGUUUCAACUGGUUCUCACUCCUCUGCAUUGUACAGGGUGUCAACAGGCUACAGUUUCAUUCUUGGUCAUAUUAACACUGACUCUGGUUCUGUUCGCUCUGACUGUUGGACUUGGGCUCUACAAAAUGAGACAAUUGACUGCAAAGUUGAAGGCUCAGAAUGAGGCAGCCAACACAUAUGCUUCUCCUGUUCAUCUCUCUGCUCCACCCUCUGAAUAUGAGACUCUGAACAUUAAGAGAGGUGACACACAAUAA